AUGGCCUUCAGUGCGGUGGUUGAGAGUGUGGUGGUUGUGGUGGUUGAGAGUGCGGUGGUUGAGAGUGCGGUGGUUGAGAGUGCGGUGGUUGAGAGUGCGGUGGUUGAGAGUGUGGUGUUUGUGGUGGUUGAGAGUGUGGUGGUUGAGAGUGUGGUGGUUGAGAGUGUGGUGAGUGCGGUGGUUGAGAGUGCGGUGGUUGAGAGUGCGGUGGUUGAGAGUGUGGUGAGUGUGGUGGUUGUGGUGGUUGUGGUGGUUGAGAGUGUGGUGGUUGAGAGUGUGGUGGUUGAGAGUGCGGUGGUUGAGAGUGCGGUGGUUGAGAGUGCGGUGGUUGAGAGUGCGGUGGUUGAGAGUGUGGUGGUUGAGAGUGUGGUGGUUGAGAGUGUGGUGGUUGAGAGUGUGGUGGUUGAGAGUGUUGUGGUUGUGGUGGUUGAGAGUGCGGUGGUUGAGAGUGUGGUGGUUGUGGUGGUUGAGAGUGUGGUGGUUGAGAGUGCGGUGGUUGAGAGUGCGGUGGUUGAGAGUGCGGUGGUUGAGAGUGUGGUGUUUGUGGUGGUUGAGAGUGCGGUGGUUGAGAGUGUGGUGGUUGAGAGUGCGGUGGUUGUGGUGGUUGAGAGUGUGGUGGUUGAGAGUGUGGUGGUUGAGAGUGUGGUGAAUGAGAGGGUGGUGGUUGAGAGUGUGGGGGUUGAGAGUGUGGGGGUUGAGAGUGUGGUGGUUGUGGUGGUUGAGAGUGAGGUGGUUGUGGUGGUUGAGAGUGCGGUGGUUGAGGUGGUUGAGAGUGUGGUGGUUGAGAGUGUGGUUGUUGAGAGUGUGGUGGUUGAGAGUGCGGUGGUUGAGAGUGCGGUGGUUGAGAGUGCGGUGGUUGAGAGUGUGGUGUUUGUGGUGGUUGAGAGUGUGGUGGUUGAGAGUGUGGUGGUUGAGAGUGUGGUGGUUGAGAGUGCGGUGGUUGAGAGUGUGGUGGUUGAGAGUGUGGUGGUUGAGAGUGUGGUGGUUGAGAGUGUGGUGGUUGAGAGUGCGGUGGUUGAGAGUGUGGUGGUUGAGAGUGCGGUGGUUGUGGUGGUUGAGAGUGCGGUGGUUGAGAGUGUGGUGGUUGUGGUGGUUGAGAGUGUGGUGGUUGAGAGUGCGGUGGUUGAGAGUGUGGUGGUUGUGGUGGUUGAGAGUGCGGUGGUUGAGAGUGUGGUGGUUGUGGUGGUUGAGAGUGUGGUGGUUGAGAGUGCGGUGGUUGAGAGUGCGGUGGUUGUGGUGGUUGAGAGUGCGGUGGUUGAGAGUGUGGUGGUUGUGGUGGUUGAGAGUGCGGUGGUUGUGGUGGUUGGGAGUGUGGUGGUUGAGAGUGUGGUGGUUGUGGUGUUUGAGAGUGUGGUGGUUGAGAGUGUGGUGGUUGAGAGUGUGGUGUUUGAGAGUGCGGUGGUUGAGAGUGUGGUGGUUGUGGUGGUUGAGAGUGCGGUGGUUGAGAGUGUGGUGGUUGUGGUGGUUGAGAGUGUGGUGGUUGAGAGUGUGGUGGUUGAGAGUGCGGUGGUUGAGAGUGCGGUGGUUGUGGUGGUUGAGAGUGCGGUGGUUGAGAGUGUGGUGGUUGUGGUGGUUGAGAGUGCGGUGGUUGAGAGUGUGGUGGUUGAGAGUGCGGUGGUUGUGGUGGUUGAGAGUGUGGUGGUUGUGGUGUUUGAGAGUGUGGUGGUUGUGGUGGUUGAGAGUGUGGUGGUUGUGGUGGUUGAGAGUGUGGUGGUUGUGGUGGUUGAGAGAGUGGUGAGUGCGGUGGUUGAGAGUGUGGUGGUUGAGAGAGUGGUGGUUGAGAGUGUGGUGGUUGAGAGUGUGGUGGUUGUGGUGGUUGAGAGAAGUGUGGUGGUUGAGAGUGCGGUGGUUGAGAGUGCGGUGGUUGUGGUGGUUGAGAGUGUGGUGGUUGAGAGUGUGGUGGUUGAGAGUGUGGUGGUUGAGAGUGCGGUGGUUGAGAGUGUGGUGGUUGUGGUGGUUGAGAGUGCGGUGGUUGAGAGUGUGGUGGUUGUGGUGGUUGAGAGUGCGGUGGUUGAGAGUGUGGUGGUUGAGAGUGUCGUGGUUGAGAGUGUGGUGGUUGAGAGUGUGGUGGUUGAGAGUGUGGUGGUUGAGAGUGCAGUGGUUCAGAGUGCGGUGGUUGAGAGUGUGGUGGUUGAGAGUGUGGUGGUUGUGGUGGUUGAGAGUGUGGUGGUUGAGAGUGCGGUGGUUGUGGUGGUUGAGAGUGCGGUGGUUGUGGUAGUUGAGAGUGUGGUGGUUGAGAGUGCGGUGGUUGUGGUGGUUGAGAGUGUGGUGGUUGUGGUGGUUGAGAGUGCGGUGGUUGAGAGUGUGGUGGUUGAGAGUGUGGUGGUUGUGGUGGUUGAGAGUGUGGUGGUUGUGGUGGUUGAGAGUGUGGUGGUUGUGGUGGUUGAGAGUGUGGUGGUUGUGGUGGUUGAGAGAGUGUGGUGGUUGAGAAGUGUGGUGGUUGAGAGUGCGGUGGUUGAGAGUGCGGUGGUUGUGGUGGUUGAGAGUGUGGUGGUUGAGAGUGUGGUGGUUGAGAGUGUGGUGGUUGAGAGUGUGGUGGUUGAGAGUGUGGUGGUUGAGAGUGCGGUGGUUGAGAGUGCGGUGGUUGAGAGUGUGGUGGUUGAGAGUGUGGUGGUUGUGGUGGUUGAGAGUGUGGUGGUUGAGAGUGCGGUGGUUGUGGUGGUUGAGAGUGCGGUGGUUGAGAGUGUGGUGGUUGAGAGUGUGGUGGUUGUGGUGGUUGAGAGUGUGGUGGUUGUGGUGGUUGAGAGUGUGGUGGUUGUGGUGGUUGAGAGUGUGGUGGUUGUGGUGGUUGAGAGAGUGUGGUGGUUGAGAGUGCGGUGGUUGUGGUGGUUGAGAGUGUGGUGGUUGUGGUGGUUGAGAGAGUGUGGUGAGUGUGGCGUUGAGAGUGUGGUGGUGGUUGAGAGUGUGGUGGUUGAGAGUGCGGUGGUUGAGAGUGCGGUGGUUGAGAGUGUGGUGGUUGAGAGUGUGGUGGUUGUGGUGGUUGAGAGUGUGGUGGUUGAGAGUGCGGUGGUUGUGGUGGUUGAGAGUGCGGUGGUUGAGGUGGUUGAGAGUGUGGUGGUUGAGAGUGUGGUGGUUGAGAGUGCGGUGGUUGAUGUGGUGGUUGAGAGUGCGGUGGUUGAGAGUGCGGUGGUUGAGAGUGCGGUGGUUGAGAGUGCGGUGGUUGAGAGUGUGGUGGUUGAGAGUGCGGUGGUUGAGAGUGUGGUGGUUGAGAGUGUGGUGGUUGAGAGUGUGGUGGUUGAGAGUGCGGUGGUUGUGGUGGUUGAGAGUGCGGUGGUUGAGAGUGUGGUGGUUGUGGUGGUUGAGAGUGCGGUGGUUGAGAGUGCGGUGGUUGAGAGUGCGGUGGUUGAGAGUGCGGUGGUUGAGAGUGUGGUGGUUGAGAGUGCGGUGGUUGAGAGUGUGGUGGUUGUGGUGGUUGAGAGUGUGGUGGUUGAGAGUGGUGUGGGUGGUGUGGUGGUUGAGAGUGUGGUGGUUGAGAAUGUGGUGGUUGAGAGUGCGGUGGUUGUGGUGGUUGGGAGUGUGGUGGUUGAGAGUGUGGUGGUUGUGGUAGUUGAGAGUGUGGUGUUUGAGAGUGUGGUGAGUGUGGUGGUUGAGAGUGCGGUGGUUGAGAGUGCGGUGGUUGAGAGUGCGGUGGUUGAGAGUGUGGUGGUUGUGGUGGUUGAGAGUGUGGUGGUUGUGGUGGUUGUGGUGGUUGAGAGUGUGGUGGUUGUGGUGGUUGAGAGUGCGGUGGUUGAGAGUGUGGUGGUUGUGGUGGUUGAGAGUGUGGUGGUUGAGAGUGCGGUGGUUGAGAGUGUGGUGGUUGUGGUGGUUGAGAGUGCGGUGGUUGAGAGUGUGGUGGUUGUGGUGGUUGAGAGUGCGGUGGUUGAGAGUGCGGUGGUUGAGAGUGUGGUGGUUGAGAGUGUGGUGGUUGACAGAGUGGUGGGUGUGGUGGUUGUGGUGGUUGAGAGUGUGGUGGUUGAGAGAGUGGUGGUUGUGGUGGUUGAGAGUGUGGUGGUUGUGGUGGUUGAGAGUGUGGUGGUUGAGAGUGUGGUGGUUGUGGUGGUUGAGAGUGUGGUGGUUGAGAGUGCGGUGGUUGAGAGUGUGGUGGUUGUGGUGGUUGAGAGUGUGGUGGUUGUGGUGGUUGAGAGAGUGGUGGUUGUGGUGGUUGAGAGUGUGGUGGUUGUGGUGGUUGAGAGUGUGGUGAGUGUGGUGGUUGAGAGUGUGGUGGUUGAGAGUGUGGUGAUUGAGAGUGUGGUGGUUGAGAGUGUGGUGGUUGAGAGUGUGGUGGUUGAGAGUGUGGUGGUUGAGAGUGUGGUGGUUGAGAGUGUGGUGGUUGAGAGUGCGGUGGUUGAGAGUGCGGUGGUUGAGAGUGCGGUGGUUGAGAGUGCGGUGGUUGAGAGUGCGGUGGUUGAGAGUGCGGUGGUUGAGAGUGCGGUGGUUGAGAGUGUUGUGGUGGUUGAGAGUGUGGUGGUUGUGGUGGUUGAGAGUGCGAGUGUGGUGGUUGAGAGUGCGGUGGUUGAGAGUGCGGUGGUUGUGGUGGUUGAGAGUGCGGUGGUUGUGGUGGUUGGGAGUGUGGUGGUUGAGAGUGUGGUGGUUGUGGUAGUUGAGAGUGUGGUGUUUGAGAGUGUGGUGGUUGAGAGUGCGGUGGUUGAGAGUGCGGUGGUUGAGAGUGUGGUGGUUGAGAGUGCGGUGGUUGAGAGUGCGGUGGUUGAGAGUGCGGUGGUUGAGAGUGCGGUGGUUGUAGUGGUUGAGAGUGCGGUGGUUGUGGUGGUUGAGAGUGUGGUGGUUGAGAGUGUGGUGGUUGAGAGUGUGGUGGUUGUGGUGGUUGAGAGUGUGGUGGUUGAGAGUGCGGUGGUUGAGAGUGCGGUGGUUGAGAGUGCGGUGGUUGAGAGUGUGGUGGUUGUGGUUGAGAGUGUGGUGGUUGUGGUGGUUGAGAGUGCGGUGGUUGUGGUGGUUGAGAGUGCGGUGGUUGAGAGUGUGGUGGUUGUGGUGGUUGAGAGUGUGGUGGUUGUGGUGGUUGAGAGUGUGGUGGUUGUGGUGGUUGAGAGCGUGGUGGUUGAGAGUGUGGUGGUUGAGAGUGUGGUGGUUGAGAGUGCGGUGGUUGAGAGUGCGGUGGUUGAGAGUGCGGUGGUUGAGAGUGCGGUGGUUGAGAGUGCGGUGGUUGAGAGUGCGGUGGUUGAGAGUGUGGUGGUUGUGGUGGUUGAGAGUGUGGUGGUUGAGAGUGUGGUGGUUGAGAGUGUGGUGGUUGAGAGUGUGGUGGUUGAGACUGCGGUGGUUGAGAGUGUGGUGGUUGUGGUGGUUGAGAGAGUGGUGGUUGUGGUGGUUGAGAGUGUGGUGGUUGUGGUGGUUGAGCGUGUGGUGGUUGAGAGUGCGGUGGUUGAGAGUGUGGUGGUUGAGAGUGUGGUGGUUGAGAGUGUGGUGGUUGAGAGUGUGGUGGUUGAGAGUGCGGUGGUUGAGUGUGGUGUGCGGUGGUUGAGAGUGCGGUGGUUGAGAGUGUUGUGGUGGUUGAGUGUGGUGGUUGUGGUGGUUGAGAGUGCGGUGGUUGAGAGUGUGGUGGUUGAGAGUGCGGUGGUUGUGGUGGUUGAGAGUGUGGUGGUUGAGAGUGCGGUGGUUGAGAGUGCGGUCGUUGUGGUGGUUGAGAGUGCGGUGGUUGUGGUGGUUGAGAGUGCGGUGGUUGAGAGUGCGGUCGUUGUGGUGGUUGAGAGUGCGGUCGUUGUGGUGGUUGAGAGUGCGGUGGUUGUGGUGGUUGGGAGUGUGGUGUGUGCGGUGGUUGAGAGUGCGGUGGUUGAGAGUGCGGUGGUUGAGAGUGCGGUGGUUGAGAGUGUGGUGGUUGUGGUGGUUGAGAGUGUGGUGGUUGAGAGUGUGGUGGUUGAGAGUGCGGUGGUUGAGAGUGCGGUGGUUGAGAGUGCGGUGGUUGAGAGUGUGGUGGUUGAGAGUGUGGUGGUUGAGAGUGUGGUGGUUGAGAGUGUGGUGGUUGUGGUGGUUGUGGUGGUUGAGAGUGUGGUGGUUGAGAGUGUGGUGGUUGAGAGUGUGGUGGUUGAGAGUGUGGUGGUUGAGAGUGUGGUGGUUGUGGUGGUUGAGAGUGUGGUGGUUGAGACUGCGGUGGUUGAGAGUGUGGUGGUUGUGGUGGUUGAGAGUGUGGUGGUUGAGAGUGUGGUGAGUGUGGUGGUUGUGGUGGUUGAGAGUGCGGUGGUUGAGAGUGUGGUGGUUGUGGUGGUUGAGAGUGCGGUGGUUGAGAGUGUGGUGGUUGAGAGUGUGGUGGUUGAGAGUGUGGUGGUUGAGAGUGUGGUGGUUGAGAGUGUGGUGGUUGAGAGUGCGGUGGUUGAGAGUGCGGUGGUUGAGAGUGCGGUGGUUGAGAGUGCGGUGGUUGAGAGUGUGGUGGUUGAGAGUGCGGUGGUUGAGAGUGCGGUGGUUGAGAGUGCGGUGGUUGAGAGUGCGGUGGUUGAGAGUGUUGUGGUGGUUGAGAGUGUGGUGGUUGUGGUGGUUGAGAGUGCGGUGGUUGAGAGUGUGGUGGUUGAGAGUGCGGUGGUUGUGGUGGUUGAGAGUGCGGUGGUUGUGGUGGUUGGGAGUGUGGUGGUUGAGAGUGUGGUGGUUGUGGUGGUUGAGAGUGUGGUGGUUGAGAGUGCGGUGGUUGAGAGUGCGGUGGUUGAGAGUGCGGUGGUUGAGAGUGCGGUGGUUGAGAGUGCGGUGGUUGAGAGUGUGGUGGUUGUGGUGGUUGAGAGUGUGGUGGUUGAGAGUGUGGUGGUUGUGGUGGUUGAGAGUGUGGUGGUUGAGAGUGUGGUGGUUGAGAGUGCGGUGAGUGUGGUGGUUGUGGUGGUUGAGAGUGCGGUGGUUGAGAGUGCGGUGGUUGAGAGUGCGGUGGUUGUGGUGGUUGAGAGUGUGGUGGUUGAGAGUGCGGUGGUUGUGGUGGUUGAGAGUGCGGUGGUUGUGGUGGUUGGGAGUGUGGUGAGUGCGGUGGUUGAGAGUGCGGUGGUUGAGAGUGCGGUGGUUGAGAGAGUGGUGGUUGUGGUGGUUGAGAGUGUGGUGGUUGAGAGUGUGGUGGUUGUGGUGGUUGAGAGUGUGGUGGUUGAGAGUGCGGUGGUUGAGAGUCUGGUGGUUGUGGUGGUUGAGAGUGUGGUGGUUGAGAGUGCGGUGGUUGAGAGUCUGGUGGUUGUGGUGGUUGAGAGUGUGGUGGUUGAGAGUGUGGUGGUUGAGAGUGUGGUGGUUGAGAGUGUGGUGGUUGAGAGUGUGGUGGUUGUGGUGGUUGAGAGUGCGGUGGUUGUGGUGGUUGAGGUGGUUGAGAGUGUUACAGGUUGA